AUGGAAAGUGUUUUCCACAACUAUUAUUACAGGAUUCAGCUAGAAGUCAUCAUAAGUGACCUUGCUGCCCUCAAACAGAGUGAAGAUGAACAUGCUCGAGACUUCAUAACCAGGUUCAGGAAGCUCAAAAUGAAGUGUCGAAUCCCUAUGGAAGAAAGACACUUCAUCCAGAUAGCCCAAGCUGCCCUCAAGAUCUCUCUGAGAAAAAGAUUUGAUGGGAUGCUGUUUGGAGACCUGGCAGAAUUGGCAAAUAAAGCAUCCAAGUAUGAGGAACUACUUAGGGAAGAACAGCAGAAGAGGAACUCAUCCAAAGGCACGUAUUACAAGUCACCUUCCUCUUCAAUACAUCUAGUUCAGGUAGAAUCAGAAGAGGAAGCAGAAUGCUUAGAGGAGGGAGAAGUUGCAAUAACAGAAAUGGCAAAGUUGAAACAUCCCAUCAGCUGUAAGGCCCUUACUAAGCCACCAAAGGAUCAGAAGCCACCACCUUUCACAGGAGGAUUUGUCCCGAGCAAACCAACACAGAACAAGGUUUAUUCCUUUGAUCUAACCAAGGUGGAUGCUUUAUUUGAUGAAAUGUUGCUGCAAAAGGCAAGAGACACCCCACAGGAUACCCAAGCCAGAAGAGCUCAAGGGCAGGCAGUAUUGCAGGAAGGAAUAGCAGUAGGAAGGUUGAAACUGGCGGAGAAAUCUCCUUCAGUCACAACAGAUCCUUUUCCCCAACCACAAGUCAAUAUGGUCAACUUAAAUUGGCAAGAACAGAAGAGAAGCAGGCCAACAACAGAAGCCAGUUCCAGCAGAGGCAGAAUGGUUUCAAGAGAAACUAUUGAAAGGCCAAAAGCAACUAUCUCAGCCGGAGUAGUGCUCUGCAACAAAUGCAAAUGUGAAGCUGAGCUAGAAGUGGUCCUGGACAGGCAGAGUCAACCCAUUCUGAGUGUUUUGAUAGGAUUAGAACCUCAUCCCGAGAUAGAGCCGGGCAGAAGGAGUAUCCCAGACCAGCCCAGCACAGCAGGAGGAUGA